GCAAAAGAAUUGCUGCCAUAAUUAGCAUCGUGUUGGUUUUAAGUCAAUCGGACAAACCUUGAACGCAGCUCCUGAGAUACUCCCGGAAGAUAUGGCACAAAUGGGUGACAACUCCACGUGUAUCAUUCAACCGUCAGCAGCCUCAUCGGUAGCUCUGCCCAUCAUCUACACAAUUCUGUGUAUUAUUGGAAUCCUGGGAAACACACUCUCCCAGUGGGUUUUUUUUCGGAAAAUCGGCAGGAGGACGUCGACCCACAUUUACCUUACCCACCUUGUGACGGCCAACCUGUUGGUGUGCAGUGCCAUGCCUUUCAUGUGCUCCUACUUCAGGGAAGGGUCUAAGUGGACCUACCAGUCUCUGCCAUGUAAGGUCGUAAUUUGCUUCGGCACUCUGUCGAUGCACGUGAGCAUGUUCGUCAGCCUCACAAUUUUUACUUGGAUUGCCAUUAGCCGCUACGCUACAUUAAUGAAACACGAUCCAACGCAGGAGAAGGCCUCCCUCUAUGAAAAGAUUUUCUUUGGCCGGAUCCUGAAAAAAUUUCGCCAACCCAACUUUGCGAAAAAACUGUGCAUUUAUAUAUGGGUGACUGUCCUGGGUGUAAUUGCUCCUAUUAUUAUUUAUUACUCAAUUGCAGAAGCCAAAGUUUUUACCGAGAGCCCUGAGGUAGAGAAGUGCUACAAUCAGAAGACGGAAUUUGGGGAACAUACUUCUCAAACUGCAAGUCAUGUCGGUACUGCGUUUGUGGGGUUUUCCCUUCUAGUUGUUGUGCUGUCAUACUCCUCUUUCGUCAGUUAUCUAAGAAAGAUAGGGACACGCACAGCUAUCAUGGAGAGGUGUCGGAUUUACAGUUCGGUGAAAAGGCAUAUUUUGGUUAUCCAGAUUCUACUGAUAGUUUGCUUUCUCCCUCAUGGUAUAUUUAGGCCCAUUUUUUAUGCCCUACAUAAAAAGGACUGCCAGGAGUUGACCUAUUUAGUGGAAAUAAAAAAUUUCUUCACUUGUCUGGCUGCUGCUAGAAGUAGUACAGAUCCUUUCAUAUUCCUCUUACUAGAUAAAACAUUUAAGAAGUCUCUAAGUGCACUCUUUAAAAAAUCUCCUGAACCGUAUAGUUCCAAAACCUCUCCCAAACACACUGCUGAUCUGUGUACCGAAAAUACCACAGAAAUGGAAAAAUGAAUGUGCAAACCUCUGUGUACACUUAAACGGCUAAUAUUUCACUGUACACACCAAGCAGGAAGUUGAGAAAUGUGAAAGAUAGGGCUAGAAAAACAACAGCACGACCACAAACUCAUAAUUCACAAUUUGCAUCUUUUAGACCGUAGGCUAGGUCCAUGGUGAUGCUCAGAGGCACCUCUGCAUAGUGUUUUAUGGUAUGAUCUCCCCCAAAAAGAAAAAAAAAUUAAAAAUGAAAUAAAGGUCAAAGGCUUCUGCUAAAAGCAACUUAAGCUCAGGUGUGUAACUCCAAAAUUGCAGUCUUGCAAAAUGAAGAUGUUUUCAUUAUGUUUCCUUAUCACAGUUUGGAAUAGAACUCUCAGCUAAUUUUCCACAUGGAAAUGGAAAAACAAACUGUAAUCGGCUCAUGAUCUUUACAGAUGUUAACAGGAAAAUAUGAGGACAUUGUCAAUUGGGCAUAUUUCCAUUAAAGGCAAUGUAUGGAGUGACAAAUCCAUAUAUUUUCACAACCACAAUGUUCUCCCUGGCAUAAAUCUAAACUGAUCUAAAUUACCAAGGUAUGUAGUAUUAAAUAUAAUAAGAACCCAAAAUGUGCUUACUCACAGAACAGAUAUAUUCAAACAGUCCUUUAUCUACAGUAUUCC